AUGGAAAGGCUCAAAAUUGAUUAUAGCAUGGACGUGCGAGCAAAGGUCUUCAGAAUUGAGAGCAGCAGCACAAAAGAAACUUAUAGCAAGGAGAUCGCUUCAUGGACAGUUGCCAAUAAAGUCGAAUUACUGUACGGAAAUAUUGACGUCGACAUUAAUACUAUAAAGACAUACCGUAUUGUUACGGCAUUGCAACCACCUUUCGUACAAUUGAGCGGUGAUCCCGAAAAGCCUUAUGAAGGGUUCUGCAUAGAUCUUAUUGACAUGAUUUGUGAGGAGCUUAAUUUUACAUAUACCAUAUAUGAGGUGGAGGAUGGCUUGUUUGGUGCAAUUGACCAAAGUGGUAAUUGGAAUGGCCUUAUUGCUGCCUUGGUUUCGGGAUCAGCAGACAUUGCCUUGGCCUCUCUGAGCGCGACUCCUGAACGCGAGCUUGCUGUGGAUUUUACGCUGCCUUACUACAGACCCGUCGGUACAGCAAUUUUGAUGAAAAAGCAGGAUGUACGCUACUCGAUGUUCGAAUUCACAGAGGUAUUGGAGUGGCAAGUGUGGCUCUCUAUAGCAGCUGCAUAUCUUCUGGCAAGCAUCACAUUGCGGCUGUUUGACAAAUUUAGUCCAUAUUCGAAUACCAAUAAAAAAGAGAAGAAGAUGCAGUCCUCUAUUGAUAUGGGCAAUCGUGUGUUUACCUUGAAGGAAUGUUUGUGGUUUUGCAUGACGUCCUUGACUUCCCAGGGGGGAGGAGAAGUUCCAAAGAACAUUUCUGGAAGAAUUGUGGCUGCUACAUGGUGGCUGUUCGGAUUCAUUAUCGUAUCUUCGUACUCUGCAAAUCUAGGAGCAUUCUUGACAGCAUCUCGACUUGAGCAAUCUAUAAAGACGCUCGAAGACCUAGCAGGACAGUACAAGGUUAAGUACGCACCAAUUGAAGGGUCCUCAGAGGAAGCAUAUUUUAGGAACAUGGCAGAGCUUGAAGAACGAUUUUACACCAUAUGGCGAAACAUGGCAAUGAAUGAAAGCAUGUCGCAACAGGGUCGCACUCCAUUACCGAUUUGGGACUAUCCAGUUCAAGACAAGUAUACUAAGAUGUGGAGGUUUAUGCAAGAAACCGAGUUUCCCAGUAAUAUGGACGAAGCUGUUGAUCGUGUCCUCACCUCUGAAGAAGGAUUCGCUUAUUUGGGUGAUGCCAAUGAAAUAAGAUACUCAUUACUCACAAACUGUCAGCUGCAACAAGUUGGUACAGAGUUUGCUCGCAGUUCUUAUGCCAUUGCUGUGCAAUCUGGACAUGGUCUCAAGGAUCAAAUUAACAACGCUAUUAGAAUGCUGACAGGUAAUGGACGCCUUCAUCUUCUCGAGGAAAAGUGGUGGUACAAAAAUUCAAACAAGGUUGUUUGCCCUGAAACUAGCUUGGAAAAUGGGAUGGCCAUCCAGAAUGUUGGAGGAGUCUUCAUUAUUAUUUUACUAGCUAUUACUUUAUCGGCAAUCGCUUUCACAAUUGAGUAUACCUACUACAGGAGAAGCAAUGUAAUCAUCGCAGAACAUUACUAG